AAGCUUUUACUGUAAUUUCGUCCAUACGACGAAAAUUGUCAAGCGAACGAACAACACACAUCUCACCCCGGAACAAAAAUCCUAAAGUGCAGUGAUGUGAUUUGAUGGGGCAAAUUCGAUGAAAACACCAUACCUGCCGCAACAAAAAACGACCGAUAGGCAGACAAACUAACACUGCUUCACCCUCUGUGUGCGUAGGAGCUCGUAAAUGUUGUGAAAUAUGAUCAUAAGUGCUUGAUAUGGUUUAUGUGCGGUCAAAGAGAACGCGAGUGCUCCUCCUCCUACAAAUCGAAACACACAGAAAACGCAGCGCGUAGAAUGCUCUGAUUGUAGCCGCCGUCCGACCUUCUUCUGCUUGCCUUGAUGUUACACCACCGAGAAAAACAAAAGAAACUAUGCGUUCCGACCAUGGCACCAGGGUACGGCGGCAGCACAUAGACAAGACGGACGGUAGCGCACAGGGAGAUGCAUCAGAUUUGCAGCAAGGGACGGUCAGCAAACAACGGAAAACCAACGAAGAAACAGUGUCCCUUUAAUGCAUCGGUGUACAUGAUGCAUUUGAAACGGUUGCUGGUGUAGAGUAAGAACACACAUACCAGGAAAGCGAAUCUACCCAUCAAACGAACGAUUGAAAAAAGUGCGUGGCUCUUUCGUUAUCUCAAUUAUGCGAUUUGUGUCUAAUUGACAUUUAGCGACUGUAGGCAAGAAGGAAGUACCCGGAAGGAAGUGAUAAAUUGUCGUCGACGAACGAAACGGUGCGGAGGAAGGUGACAUUUUUUUCGCUUUCAGUCCCGACCAGGCUGGAUCUGAUCGGGUGCCCUAACUUGGAAAUCAUUCUAGUUCCGUUCCGUGAAUCCGCACUGUUCCAUCCCCGCCCUUUCGAUGUGUGCAAUCCUUUCGUGAUCAGAACAGAACCGCUUUGAGGAAGUAGCGACGAACACAUUGCGAACAAGUACCCGUAGUAGUCGUGAUGCAGGAGGUUAGCAGCAAUAGUAGCUCUCUACAUUGAAAUAUUGUCACACCACACAACAGGGCAUCCCCGUGUGUGUGAGCUAAUGGAACAAAAAGACUACAGAGACAAAAUCAAUCAUUAUGCUUCUAGGGUAAAAGAGUGGUGGAAAAUAUGAAUCACCACCAGAAGCAGCACCACACUCGCUAAUCACCGCAAUCGUUCAAAGCAACAGUGCAAAGGAAGUGGGGCAGUCGCAACCGUAGUGUUAACGGCGGUAAAGAAAACUAGAAACAGGAACGUAUCCUGUGUGUGUACGGUGGAACAGGUACGCGGAGCGUAUAAGGUAUAGCACGACCCCUCAAGAGCAAUCAUAACUGCGAAAAGCCCUCAGGAACGUAUAACACAACAAACGAAAAAAAACACAUUCGUAAAUUGGUGCACAGACGUCGCGACGACAUUCUGAUUGGGCGCUGUCCAUCGUCGGCGGUAGUGAGUGGCAACACGCGGCGCCAUCGACGUGCAUCGGUGUUUGUGCGUUACGCAUCCAUCCACAACAGUACGGCGGGUGUAUUUUAUUGUUGAGCGUGUGUGUCGUCCGGUCGGCUCAACAAUAAUUAUCGACAAAGUGGCAAGGGCUGCUAGUGGUGAAUGGAUUUAUAUCUGAUAUACCACAAACAACGGUGACCAAGUUUUAAAAUAGGGACGUCAAAGGUGGCUCAAGAAGCGAACAGCUGUAGCAGUAGUAGUAAUCUAGUCACUGGGACCGUCACAGAUUGUGGUUUCAGUAGAGCUAAUCGCACUAGGCUGAAAGAACAGGCGCACGAAUCGAACGAAUCGCACUAUCGACCGAUUUACAGCCCGGUACCAAAACGACACCGUCCCAGGCAGCAACGGCUGGGAAGUUGCGACAGUGCCGGUGGCGGAGGUGGUAGCGGACGGAGAGAUAAGCGCAUCAGGGCGAGGGCCUGUGAGCAAGGGACGGCAACAGAGAGCAGAGCUCUGGAAAUGACUACGGCGACAAUGGAAAUGCUAACGACAGCGACAACAACCACGCCUGCGACAGGCAAUUCCUCCUCGAUUGCCAGUACGACCGCAGCCAGCGGAGGUAGUGGAAGUGGUGUUGCAUUUAGUUCAGGAGCUAGCCUGGAGGAGAUGAUGCGAAGCACGAUGCCCGUAGAUUAUAGCAAUCUAUCCGGAGUCGUGCCGUUGCUGGAGGAAGUUGACGGCAAUGUGACCACCGUAUCGCAGCAUAGCAAUGAUUCGAUCGAGCGUACGGUGCUGCCAGGAUCGUCUAGUCAGCCACAUGGCCACGUCCAUCACAAGGGACAUUCACGGGGGAGCAGUGCACCGCAGGCGUACGAUCGAAUCACGACUAAGAUUGCCUGUACGAAGGAACUGAUUCGGAAGGAACAGGAAGCGCGUGACUCGAACGUAAACGAGUAUCUGAAGCUAGCCGCAAAUGCGGACAAGCAGCAGCUGCAACGCAUUAAGGCCGUGUUCGAGAAAAAGAAUCAAAAGAGCGCCAACAGCAUUUCUCAGCUGCAAAAGAAGUUGGAAUCCUACAACAAACGCUAUAAGGACAUGCAGCAAACGCAACAAAAGCAGGCACACCAACAGCAACAGCAAUCCCAGCAGCAACAGCAACAGCAGCAGCAUGCUGCUGCCGCAGCCAGCUUGUUGCUACAGCAACAGCAGCAGCAGCAAGCGGUUCUGCUUACGGGAGGCAGUCAGACGCUACCACCAAACUUGCAGCAGCUGGCAGUGACGACAAAUCAACAGCAGCAGCAAAGCUUUCUACAGCCUCGCGAGAUGCUGCGCGACGUUGGACAGGGUCUAAGGAAUGUCGGGGGUAACAUUCGGCACGGCGUGACCGGGCUGUCGGCAACUGUGAUAUCGAAACCACGCAAAUUUGCUCAUCUUAUACGGAACAAGUUUGGCAGUGCGGACAACAUUAACCAGCUUACAUCCACCUGGUACACCGGGAGUGCGGCCGAUAGCGAACUUUCCGGCAUAGACGUAGCGAGCGGUACCGAGGGACAACAAACCACGCCGAAUGCGAGUGGCCCUGGCGGCGGCGGUGGUGGUGGACAGAACAAUCAACACAAUACCAGCAUUAGCGAUAGCGAGGGUCGACGCACACAUGGGACAACACAAGGGCAACAGGGACAACAGCACCAUCACCAGCAAUUGCAUGGAGUGUCCUCAGGCCAUCGCCAUCACGGUCCUGGCCCCGGAGUAAAGUACAGUGAACAUGAUAGUGAAUGUAGUAGCGUCACUAGUGAUAGCAUACCGCUGGGAUCGGACAAACAUCGGCUAAGCUGCAGCCAGCGGUGCGUCAAUUAUAAAGCCCUCAAUGAACUGCGCGAGGAGUAUCAAAAGUUAAAAGAGCGAUUAGAUCGGGUUGAACUGGUGCAGAAAGAAGUGACGGAGCUUUCGAUGGCACUGGAGAACGAACGAUAUCGAGCCGAUCGGCUCGAAGAGCAGAUAAAUGAUCUUUCGGAGUUGCAUCAGAACGAGCGCGAAAAUCUGAAGCAAGCGAUUGCCGACCUGGAGGAAAAGGUGCAAUACCAGAGCGACGAACGGUUGCGGGAUGUCAACGAGAUUCUCGAAAACUGCCAGACGCGCAUUUCGAAGAUGGAGCAACUCUCGCAGCAACAGUACGUAACGGUGGAAGGCAUCUACAACUCGAAUGCACGAGCCGUUGUAGUGAAGCUGAUCAACGUCGUGCUGACCGUGCUGCAGGUUAUCCUGCUUUUGGUUGCAACGGUGGCCGGCAUCAUAGUGCCAUUUUUGAAAACGCGACUACGUGUGCUCACUACGCUCUUUUGCACGCUAGUGCUUAUAGCCAUCGUGCGACAAUGGCCGGAUGUACGGGACACCGGUGUACAUUUGAUCCGGAUCCUUCGCAGUCAAGUCGUUAGCGAAACGGUGACCUAGAGUGUAUUUUGCAAACUAGACGCUGACAACCUGUGCUAGUGUUACAUUGUGGCUUUGUAUUUUUAAUGAAAGCGUGUAGUGCAAAUAAAUAGGCGACCACCAUCAUUAUUCGUAUGCUCACAUGUUCGUACACCCCCACAAGGGUAUGUGGAUCAAUCCGAUAUGAAUCGGUAAAGGAAAGCUAGGCUGAAGUGACGAUGCAAUUUGCUCAAACCCAUAAAAGAAAAGUCUUAGUUCGUAUUGUUGAACUAUUCAAUAUUAGCCAGACGUUAGUUGAACAAGAAUCCAUCCAAGACAUGCUCCAUACACAAUGUUACGCAAAUUCAUACACACCAGAGAAUGAUAAAUUGUUAGUAUUAUUGCAGAUAGAGUAAGGGAAGAAUUCUAGUGGGGCUUUAAGAAGUGCAAUGCCGUGUGUGUACGUGCGUUAAAAAUGGCCAUAUAUUAUAACACCUUGCAAUCUUGAUUCCUGUGUAGUAAACAUUUGUCCGUUCUGAAGCGUUAAAAGCUCUGUUAGCAAAAGUACGCAAGUAGGAAACGCAAUCUACUAUUUUCACGAGAUUCUUAAACUCAAACCCUCUCCGAAUGUUCAGUCUUUAGGGUUUUUCUGAUUCAAAAUAGUAGUGAUGUAAAAAAACGUUAUUAGGUCAGUUAUCAGCAAGAAACAAUGUGGAAACAAACAUUUUGCAAUUGUUUUAGAAUAUUUCUGAACAACUUCAUCAUGCAUCACAAAUUAUCGGCGAUAGUGCAGGACAUUUUUUGGGCAGGAACAAAACGAAAGCAAUCUUUUGUAGCAAAACAGUAGAUGAUGUUUAGACUAGUAGUAGUGUGUUUUGAAAAAGAAUAACGACUCCAAAAUUAGAGGAAUGCGUUGGGAACGAACAUGCGUUGUAUUAAGAGAAUGGUUCGUCAAGGCAAAAGUAAGAGAUACUCCCAAAAAGUCUGCACGGUCACGAAAUGUCUCGAAGACGUAAAAAAUACGAAUCGAAAACAGGCUUUCCUUAUGUAAGUGUGGCAAACCGGUAAAAGAAGAAAACAAAAUAUUGCACCGCGUUUAUCGUUGAAAGUUAAGAAAACGCCGCCUAUCGGUCGUUGUUAUACGAUAUUGUAUGUUCUUAUGCUAUUGAGCUUCUUUUUUAUGAUUUCUUCUAUCAAUGGAAGCAAUACUAAGUUAUUCAUUGUAUGGUAGGAACGAAUACAACAAAAUUUAUUAAGCAAAUAACGAGCAAACAAUGUGAAAAGUAAUGUGGUAAAAGUUAUUGGGCAUGGAACGGGAAAUUACAUAAUGAUAGCGAAUACAUAACAUCGUGAUUAGGUCGGUUUAAUUUAAGUUAAGCAAAGAAGGGUAUAGAUCCAUAUAGGCAAGAACGGGAACUGUAGGGAUAUGUAGAACCCGGGCAACUGUAGGGAUAUGUAGUGUGUAAUCGUCGUGUUUAGUAGCAACAGUAGACACCAUACAGGAAGGAAACAAAAACAACCUGCCACUGAACCUAUAGAAACAAAACAAUCGAAACAGCAGCGUGCAUUGCGAAAAAAAUACGAACUACGUACAUGCGACGUAUUUGCCGAUCACAAAGGAAACCAAACACGAACGAUCAAUCGCUUGAAAAGGCUAAAUUAUGAACGAAAACAAUUAAGGAAAUAUUUACCGAUAUUUCACAUUUCAAUGUUCAAACUAAACAAUAACGCUAGUAAUCAACCAUCGGGUGAUAUUUCCGAAAUAAACGAUUUCUGAGGAAGAAAGAGGUAGGCACAUUAGCCCCAUUCGAGAGUACGGUACGGUACGAUUGACUACAGCCAGCCAAGAAGCACAACAUCAGCAUUUCCCCCCAAAUAGCCUCUUUCUUCCUCUUGCUCUACUUCACUUCUCUCUCUCUCUCUAUUUAUGUUUCUCAAACUAGAGAUUCGAAAAAUAAAGGAAAGAUUAUAAAACAAACAAAAA